AACAAAAAUUUCCGAUAAAUAUAUAUCGAAAUAUUCGAAACACCGAAUAUAUUAAAUAUUCAUAUCAACAUCGGCAGCUUUUUCUUUUACCAAAGAUAAGAAUUAUCUCUCUUUAUCAUUGAUACAUCUUAUUUCAAUUGACACAUUUUACAAUUAUAAUCUCUUAUGGAUUAUUUAAAUCGCACGUACUGAUUACUUUAUUGUUACGAAAAAAAAAAAAAAAAAUAAAAAAAGAAAAGAAGAAAAAAAAAAAUAUAUAUAAAAGAAAAAAAAGCAAUGCACAAAGAAAUUCAAUUAUUAUUAUAAUUUAUUUUCAUUAUUAUUUAUCAGACAAUAAUAAUCACAAAAUUAUGUGUUCAUUCGAUGAAUUCAUUGAAUGUACAUACAUACAUUCUCUUUUCUCGAGGUCAUACCUUUUCCAAACGUUAUUUGCUGAAAUUCUGUUUAAAGGUACAGUGUACAUAACGAGAAACGUAAUUUUUAUUAUAAUAAUUCUUAUCUUCUACAAAUAUUUUACAUACAUGCACACACGCGCACACACACAUCAAUUACAAAUAAAGAUUAAAAUUUUGUUUAUAUACGUUCAAUUAAUUAUUAAUGAAGUAUAUUCAUUUGUCAUUAUUAAUUUAUUAGCCUUAUUUAUGAUUUAAAAUGUUUCCAUGCCAUAUGCCACUUAAUCGAAUUAAUAAAUUUACGUAACUAAUAUUAUUUCUUCAAGUAUACUUCUUUUUUCUUUCUUUUCUUUUUUUUUUGCUUUUGUUUUUGUUUUUGUUUUCCAUACUUAUCUAUUUAUGAAUAGUUAGCUAAGGAAAACAAGUGGUCAUUUAAAAAUAUCAGUUACUUAAGUAUUAUAAACUAAAAAAAAAUAACGCGUUGUGUGUCGUGGAAAAAAAAAAAAAAGAAAAUUGUUUUGGUUAAAUUAACCUUAACUAUUAUAUAACGUUUAAAUAUCAUUUUUAUUUGAAUGUGAACAUUUGAGAGGUGAAAUAUGUUUCUAAACGUGAUCGUGUAAACUUAAUAUAACGAUCAAUUGCGCAAAUAUAUUUACAAGAGUCGAUUUCGAAUUCCUUUGAAAUAAUUUCGUGUAUUUGUACAAGGAUAAAAAAAAAAAAAAAAAAAAAAAAAAAGAAAAGAAAAGAAAAAAGAAGAGAGAAAAAAUGAAGAACUGUUUUACCUUGGACUAUUUCACGCAGAAAAUUUCUUGGAUGUUAAAUAGAUGACUAACUCUCUACGUGAAUGUUACGUAUAUAUACUUGGUGAUCCAAUUUAAAUGGACUCCUGACGAUUUAUAUUAAUCGUUUAAUAAUUUGUUUAUUGUUUCUUUAGAGAGAAAAGAAAAAAAAAAAAAAAGAAAAAGAAAAAGAAAAGAAAAGAAAAGAAAAAUGAUAUCAACAAUUGUAUUCAUUAAUUACGUCAAUGUGAUAUAGUUUAAUCGAUUGGACCAAUAAAAAUAAAAAGAAAAAAGAAUAAAUAAAUAAAUCAAAUAAAAUAAAACAACGUAAAAUCAUGAUGAAAUCAACGUUGUAAAUAUAGUUACAGUCCGAUAGAUCAUUGACCUUGACGGAUCAGUUUAUGUAAUGCAAGAGAAAUCCUUAAUUACGAUUUCUACAAUUAGUUUCUUCUUUUAAUAAUAAAAUAAUCUUUUUUUUUUUAUUUAUUAUAUAGACAUAUCAAUUGAUCAUUAUAUUAUUAAUAUUCAAGGAUGAUGAUCUCAAAUGUAUGAAUUAUUAUAUAAAUAAGUUUACAAAGUUUAUACAGUUAUAAAAAAAGAAGAAAGGAUUAAUCGUUAUGGCAGCGAAUCGCCUGUGGAGAACAUUGUCACGUAAACGUAUUGAUGAUGAUCAAGAGGGCAAGGGCGAGUUGGCAAGAGUUCUAAAUAUAUUUGAUUUAACUGCCCUUGGAGUUGGUGCUACUCUUGGUUUAGGCGUUUAUGUUCUUGCCGGGAGUGUUGCAAAAGAAACGGCCGGACCAGCCGUUUGUGUUUCAUUUCUUAUUGCUGCUAUUGCUUCUGGUUUUGCUGGAAUGUGUUAUGCGGAAUUUGCAUCAAGAGUACCAAAAGCAGGAUCAGCUUAUGUUUAUAGUUAUGUAACAGUUGGCGAAUUUAUAGCAUUUGUCAUAGGAUGGAAUUUAAUAUUGGAGUAUGUUAUCGGUACAGCAAGCGUUGCUCGAGGUCUUAGUAAUUAUAUUGAUGCACUAAUAGGAAAUGUUAUGGGAAAAACUUUGCAAUCUGUCAUGCCUAUAAACAUUUCUUUCUUAUCAGAGUAUCCUGAUUUUUUUGCAUUUGGCAUGGUUAUGUUACUUGCUCUUUUACUUAGCAUGGGAGUUAAAGAAUCUUCUUUUUUAAAUAAUGUAUUCACUGUCAUCAAUAUUCUUACAAUUCUUAUCGUUAUAGUAGCAGGUUCUAUUAAAGCCGAUCCAAAAAAUUGGUUCAUUUCGAUAGAUGAUAUUCCUAAAAAUGCAACGAAUGCUGGUACCGGUGGUUUUAUGCCAUUUGGAAUAACCGGUGUAAUGACAGGUGCAGCAAAAUGUUUCUAUGGCUUUGUGGGUUUUGAUGCUGUUGCUACAACCGGUGAAGAGGCAAAGAAACCACAACGUAAUAUACCCUUAGCCAUUGUUUUGUCUCUUAUUAUUAUUUUGGCAGCAUAUUUUAGUAUUUCUACUGUAUUGACCAUGAUGUGGCCAUAUUACGAUCAGAAUGCUGAUGCUCCAUUCCCUUAUGUUUUUCAACAAAUUGGAUGGCCAAUCAUCCAAUGGAUUGUCAAUAUUGGAGCUAUUUUUGCUUUGUGUACGAGUUUAUUAGGUGCUAUGUUUCCUUUGCCACGUGUAUUGUAUGCUAUGGCAAGUGAUGGGAUUAUAUUUAUGUGGCUUUCUAAAGUACAUUCUAAAACCAUGACACCAAUUUUGGGUACAAUACUUUCUGGACUACUUGCUGGAAUUAUGGCUCUUUUUUUUAAUCUCCAUCAAUUAAUCGAUAUGAUGUCUAUUGGAACAUUAUUGGCAUAUACGGUAGUAGCAAUAUCAGUAUUAAUAUUAAGAUAUCAAAAAGAAGAUGAUAUUAUGCCUGAAGUGACAAUGAAUGGUUAUGAAUUUACAGCAAUGAAUAUAUUCAAGCAAACAUUUAAUUUAAAUAAUCAUAAGGAUCCAUCACAUAUUUCCAGCAUAGUUUCAAAAUGUAGUAUAGCUAGUUUUACCGUCGUUUUAUUUAUACUUAUUAUUAUAUCAAAUUAUGUUGAAUUUGAUAUAACAGAUGGCAAUGUAAUAGUAUUUGUAAUAAUAAUAAUACUCGCAUUUAUAUUAAUAUUAAAUGUAGCAUCUAUUGGUAGACAACCAGUUCAACAAGUCGAACUCUCUUUCAAAGUAUAUAACACAGUAUAUAAUUAUAAAUUAUUAAUGUAUUAUAUCAAUAACGAAUCCUUUUUUCUUUUUUUUACUCAGGUUCCAUUUGUUCCAUUGAUACCAUGCUGUAGCAUUUUUAUAAAUCUUUAUUUGAUGUUGCAAUUAGACAUGUUUACAUGGAUUAGAUUUAUCGUGUGGAUGUUAAUUGGUUUUUCUAUUUAUCUAUUUUAUGGAAUUUCUCAUAGCGUUCAGGGAAAAAAGAAUAAAAUUGAGCUUAAUAUAAUGAAACAAAAAAAUGCGGAUCAAAGUGGAACCAUAACAAAAUUUUAAAUAUAUGAUAUAUAAUAAAUAAUUUUACAGCCACGUAAAGCCACAAAUAGAAUAACCUCGUUUAUAUAUUAAUUUUUAAUAUAUUUUCAAUUUAAAGUAUUUUAUAUAAGAUAACAAUGAUUAUUGUGAUAUAUUUCUAUUGUAAUAUUAAUUUAUAUAAAAAAUAUUUUAUUGAUAUUAUAUUUAAAUACGUAUAUAAAAAAAAUAUCUUUCGAUAAGAAUUUUAAGGACUUACCACUUACACCGGUUGCCAAACCUGCCUAAGGACAGAUAAUAGAAAGAAAGAAAGGAGAAAGUAUUUUUCGUAAUACUCCUGGCGCCAUCUAGCGUUAUCAGCUUGAAUAAUAUUUUCGCGCCUUUUAUUGAACGAACUCCACCAUCGUUAUGUGUUCCUGUUACAAAUCGAGCAUUUUUGCGACAAUAAAGUGGCCGAUUAUAAACACUCAUAUAUAUAUAUAUAGGAUAUAAUAGCUAUGGUUAAAAUGUUAAAUAUUUUUAUUCAUUAUUAUUAAGUAUUAUAAGCAAAUUUUUAAUAUAUUAUAUCGUUCUAGAAAAUUUGGAAAA